AUGGUGAAGACUCGCCUUAGCAGAGGGGUCAUUUUAGUGCCUUUAAUUCUGGUCGUCGGGCUUAUUUCCGCAAAGCCGGCUACGGGUGAAGAAGAAUCCGGAACAACAAUCCCUGCUGAAAGUCGUCCAUGUGUUGACUGCCAUGCAUUUGAAUUCAUGCAAAGAGCCCUGCAAGAUUUAAAGAAGACAGCAUAUAAUUUAGAUACACGGACGGAAACCUUGCUUUUCAAAGUGGAGAAGAGAACUCUGUGUGACUGUUUAGCUGCGAACGCCUUGAACUGAACGCCGGGGG